AUGGACCAAGAACGGUUUCUGCAGCAACUACAGAUUAUCUUGAAUCCCAGCCAGGGCAAUGUCAAAGAUGCCACAGCCACGCUCCAAAAGGAAUUUUACCCUCAUCCUGAAGCCCUUCUUUUUCUCAUUCAGAUGUUUACUUCCCACAAUAAUGCCGAUUUGAAACAGCUCGCUGCAGUUGAAGCUCGGUCUUUGGUCUCGAAACACUGGCUCAAAAUCUCCGAUCAGCAAAAGCCACAAAUCCGGGAUCAGCUACUUCGUGCCACACUCGAAGAGCAAACACCUCUUGUUCGACAUUCUGGAGCUAGAGUCAUUUCCGCGAUCGCCAAUAUAGAUCUCCAAGAUGGCCAGUGGGCGGAUCUACCUCAGUGGCUUCUUCGAGCCGCGACUGACACCUCGAAAGAAGUUCGUGCUGUGGGGAUGUACAUUCUGUUCACAAUUUUGGAGACGCUAGGAGAGGGCUUUCAAAGUAAAUUCGUGGACCUUAUACAGCUAUUCGAGAAGACGAUUCGCGACCCCGAAAGUGUCGAGGUCCGCAUUAAUACCCUUCUUUCUCUCAGCAAACUUGCCAUGCAUCUCGACUCAGAUGAGGAUAUGGACGCCGUGAAGGCAUUCCAAGCUAUUUUCCCCGCCAUGGUGGCUGUUUUGAAGGAUGUCGUUGAUCAGGAAGAUGAAGACAGAACUAUGCAAGCUUUUGAGGUUUUCCAGGCCUUACUUGGAUGCGAACCACAACUGCUCAACCCCCACUUAAAGGACUUGGUUUUGUUCAUGAAUCAGCUGGCCGCAAAUACCGAGUUGGCCAGUGAAACCAGAACCCAAGCUAUCAGCUUUCUUAUGCAAUGCCUCAGGUAUCGGAAACUCAAGAUGCAGGGAAUGCAACUGGGGGAGCAGUUGACCCGUACUGCCCUUCAAAUUGCUACUGAACUUGGCGAUGACGAUGUUGACGAAAUUACUCCCGCUAGAUCUGCCCUCGGCCUCUUGGACAUGCUGGCUCAAUUUUUGCCCCCUAGCCAGGUCGUUGUUCCUCUUCUGAAAUCUCUGGGUCAAUACUUCAACAAUUCCAACCCGGACUACCGGCGAGCAGGUAUCAUGGCUCUUGGGAUGUGUGUUGAAGGAGCUCCGGAUUUUAUCAGCACACAAAUGAAGGAAAUCUUUCCCGUCGUUUUGCAGAUGCUCUCCGACCCUGAGCCCAAAGUUCGCCAAGCUACUUUACAUGGAGUUGCACGGAUUGCAGAUGAUCUAGCUGAGGAUGUGAGCAAACAACAUCAACAAUUAAUGCCAUUGUUGUCGCAGAAUCUAGCUAGCUCUAUGCAAGAGUACAAAGGCGAGGAAACAGGUAUCACAAUUGAUAUAAUCAAAGCAAGUGUUGCCGCUAUUGACGCAGUUGUCGAUGCUCUUGAUGAGAAGGAUGUUGCCCAAUAUCAGUCGGAACUCGUUCCUAUCUUGCAGAAGCUUUUUCAACAUCCGGAUUCCAAAAUCAAAGCUCUUUCUGCCAGCGCCUUGGGUUCGAUUGCUUCUUCUGCUGGCGAGGCAUUUUUGCCAUUCUUUGAUGAAUCCAUGCACAUUAUGCAGGAAUUUGCGACUCUAAAGGACAGUGAAGAGGAACUUGAGCUUCGAGCUAGUGUCACGGAUGCUAUGGGAGAAAUGUCUGCCUCAGCCGGACCCGAGCGUUAUAAGAAUUAUGUUGGACCUUUAAUGCAAGCUAGCGAAGAAGCUCUACGUCUUGAGCAUUCUCGCCUAAAAGAAAGCACAUACAUCUUUUGGGGUGCCAUGUCAAAAGUUUAUGGUGAAGAUUUCACCCCCUAUCUCAACGGCGUUGUUGGGGGGCUCUUGGCUUGUCUAGAGCAAGAAGACAAUGAUUUGGAAGUCUCUCUUGGAGACGCGGCUCGCGAUCUCAUCGGCCAAGAAGUCACCAUAGCGGGCCAUAAAGUCCGGGUUGCAGAUGCCGAUGACGAUGACGAUGUCAUCCAUGGCCUAGAAGGCGAGGAUGAGGCCGACUGGGAAGAUCUCAGUACCGUCACCCCAAUUGCUCUAGAAAAGGAGAUCGCUAUUGAAGUUAUUGGCGAUGUUCUUACACAUACUGGCCAAUCUUUUAUGCCCUAUUUUGAAAAAACUAUUGAGCAUGUAAUGCCACUUGCUGAACACCCUUACGAAGGAGUUCGAAAGAGCACAAUAUCGACUCUUCAUCGCGCAUACGCUGCUCUUUGGCAAGUCUCCGAGUCUGCCGGCCAUGUUCAGAAAUGGCAGCGAGGCAAAACCCCAGCCGAAGCUCCUCGAGAGAUCAAAAAAUUUGGAGAAAUAUUGAUGACAGCGACUAUAAAAAUGUGGGCCGAGGAAGAGGAUAGUGCCACUGUUGCCGAUAUCAAUCGCAAUGUUGCAGAAAACUUGCGGUAUUGUGGUCCUUAUAUCAUUGCAGAUCAAUCUACCCUAGAACAAGUUGUCACUCUCGUCGACACGAUCAUUACCAAACAGCACCCAUGCCAACAAGAUUUUGGUGCAGGGGAGGAGGACCAGGCUGCCCUAGAAGAGCUCUCCGAAUUCGAUUGGGUCGUUAUCGAUACUGCCCUUGAUGUCAUCUGCGGCCUUGCCGCUGCAUUGGGCCCGGAUUUCGCUGGCCUCUGGCCCACGUUUGAGAAGAUUGUUCUCAAAUAUGCAGCCGGAAGUGAGUCUCUGGAAAGGUCCACUGCUGUCGGAGUCCUUGCAGACGUUAUUUCUGGCUUGGGCGACGCCGUCACCCCUUCUACGAGCAAAUUGUUGCAUGUACUGUUACGACGCCUCACCGAUGAAGAUCUGCAAACAAGAAGUAAUACAACGUAUGCUAUCGGACGGUUGGUUGAGAAGUCCAAUUCGGACCAAGAAAUCAUCCAAGCAUACCCGACUAUAUUAGAGAAGCUGGAGCCAUGUCUGCGCAUUCAUGAAUCCAGACUUCCAGAUAAUGCAGUUGGGUGUCUUGCACGGAUGAUCUUGAAACAUAAAGAUCAUGUUCCACUUGCUGAAGUUAUCCCUGCUAUUAUUGAAGUUUUGCCACUUCAGACGGAUUUCGACGAAAAUGACCCUGUAUACCGCAUGAUUUGCCAGCUUUACAAGUGGGAGGACCCUGUGGUCCAGAGUCACACUGCACGGCUGAUGCCAAUUUUCCAAGCCGUUCUUUUGGGUGACUCCAACCAACUUGAAAACGAUCGUCGUGCAGAGCUUAUUGAGCUUGUAUCGUGGCUUAAUAAAAUGCAACCCGGUGGUCCUGGAGCCUUCAUUGAGCAGAUAGGGAAAUAA